CUUCAAACAGUAUUUUUACUAUUAGAAUAAAAUGGUGAGACCUCCUUGUUGUGACAAGCUGAAUGUGAAAAAGGGUCCAUGGACUGCUGAAGAAGAUGCAAAGAUACUUGCCUAUGUAUCCAAACAUGGAACCGGUAACUGGACUAGUGUUCCUAAAAAAGCAGGACUUCGGAGAUGUGGGAAGAGUUGCAGACUCAGGUGGACUAAUUACUUGAGACCAGAUCUUAAACAUGAGAGCUUCACACCCCAGGAAGAGGAAUUGAUUGUUAACCUUCAUGCAGCUAUUGGCAGCAGGUGGUCUAUUAUAGCCCAACAGCUUUCAGGAAGAACAGAUAACGACGUGAAAAACUAUUGGAACACGAAACUGAAAAAGAAGCUCACCGACAUGGGAAUUGACCCAGUUACACAUAAACCUUUUUCUCAAAUCCUAGCUGACUAUGGCAACAUUGGAGGUCUCCAGAAACCCUCUCCUGCAACUAGAUUAAUUAGUUCUCUCAACACAGACCUCAACAAGAAUGUUAACUUCAACAUGACAAAAUCUCAUGAAAAUUACAAAUACCCAUUUUCAAACAUAAACCCUAACAUUCUCAAAACAAGAAAUUUGCUUCUUUCACCAAAACCAGAACCAGUCAUGGAAAACCAACAUACCAACUCAACUCAUCUUCUUUCUCAGUUGCAUGCUAUAAACCUAGUCACACAGGUCUCUGGCUGGACGCCUAACCAUGAAACUAUCACAUCUUCAUCAUCAUCAUCUUCUUCUUCUACUUGUUCCACAGCGGGACAAGAGAAAUCCACAGCAGUAGGUUUCAGUUGGAGUGAUUUCCUUCUUGAUGAUGAGCUUUUACGGGCCCCGGAUCAUCAACGAGAAGGAGAGCUGCAAGGUGAGGAAUUGUUAAUGGAGCUUUCUUCAAUGGAGUUGGUGAGUGAAAAAAAUCACGUGAUGCCUGCAAAGAUCAGUCAUGGUAAUGUGGAAAGUUGCGGGGAGAUGAUUAGCGAUAAUGGAGAAGUUGAGGGGAAAGAGAAAACAACAGGUGUAAACGAGAAGUUUCAUGGUUCCUCAUCGGUUGAUCAUCAAAGUUUUGUGGAAGCCAUGUUAGAUGGAGAAAAUGACAUGUACUUGUUAUUUCCUGACCUUUCGGAUGGACCCUUCUGUAAUUGA